AUGGCACUUCAAUUAACAUUAUCAUGUGAUUCGGAUAAAUCACAAAGUGGUCCAACACUUAUUCAUUCAACUGGUGUAGAAGGUUACAAAAUUCCUCCAGAAGUGAUUCGAAUUUUACAAGAAAAUCUUGCUAGUGAUAGAUUAUCUGAUCAUUCAGAUGGUGUUCUUUGUCAAGAUGGACCUCAACGUGUACUUGAUGUUCUUCGACGCAAUGGAUUUACUUUACAAAAACAAACAACUGAGAGCAAUCGAGCAUUAUGGACAUUAGUACAAAGUGGUGGAAGUAGUGGUGGAAGUAGUGGCGGUCACCAACCUCCUCCACAACCACAUCCAACACCAGAUGCUAAUAAUGAUGGAAAUGAAGGUGGUGAAGAUCAAGGCGGAGAAAAUGAAGAAGAAGGAGGAGAAGGAGAAGGAGAGGGAGAAGAAGAAGAAGAAGAAUCAUAA